AUGAUACGUUACCUUUUUAAAAACAUUUUAUUGAUUUUUUCAAAUACAUGUACCUGAGUAUUUUUUCCCUGGCAGAUAUACAUACAUAUUCUAAAUAAUAAAAAAUGGAAAGAAAUAUAUCAAGUACAUGUAUGCAUUCAUUAGAAAGAAACACACAAUCAAAUAUUCAACAUUCCUUCAUUUGUUUCAUCAAAACUUAUUUUUCUAUUUUUUGGUCACGUGAUUCUCAGGUGAACUUUUCCAUAUACUUCUAAUCAAUUUUAGCACCGAUGUGCUUCCAUCCAACGCCAAUAUGUAAACAGGCCAAUAAAAAUAUAGACGCACACGUGUUUAUUCUGGUCUGUUCAGGUGCUUUGUUGGUCUGGCCGUCUUUACUAAGAUCUACUGAUGCUCGUCAGGUUACCGAAGUGGUAUACAGAGCUGAGACUCUCCUGUCGACAAAUACAGAAAUGUCAACGCUUGUCAUUUUCUACAGUAGUAGAAAAGAACAAGACGAAACACCGCCUGAAUGUUGGUGUGUUCGGAGCGGGGCGCAUUGCAAGUUCGGUCCAUAUUCCCAACAUCCUCCGAGACAGAAGAUACAACAUUAACUGGGUUGUUGAAGAGAAUGAACAACAAAGCCAGAAAGUGAAAGAUCAACUCUUCCUACACGACAUCCCCUUUCUCACGUUCAAGAACAGGAAAUCGCUUCUGGCUGAUAAAGGACUUGAUGCUGUUUUUGUAUUCAGUCCAACAAGCACACAUGCAGAAAUUAUAUGCGAUAGCUUGAAAGAAGGGAAAUCUGUGAUGGUGGAAAAGCCUACAGCUGAAUCCUUCACAGACAUAAAAACCUGCUACGAAACUGCUGAAAAUUAUGGAACUGUAUUGCUGACUUCAUUUCAAAGGAGGUUUGACCCAGCUUUUGCUAGCCUGAAAGCAACAGCACAGAGUGGGACUUUGGGAGACCUACAAUUAUUGAGACUAACAUCCCGGGAUAAUCCAAAACCGUCCUACGAAUUCCUGUCCAACACUGACCAGGAGGGCUGUAAUUUGAUCUCUGACAUGGCCAUUCACGACAUCGACAUGCUGGUCUGGUUGACCUCGUGCGCCGCCCCCAAGUCUGUGUUCGUCAUGACCCACAUUCGGGACGAGACGCUGCAGAAAAUCGGAGAACCGGAUGCUGGGGUCGUGGCCCUCACGUUUCAGGACGGACUGAUGGCCACCAUAGAUGUGUUCCGGGAAUGUGUGUACGGCUAUGAUAUCAGAACAGAAAUGUUUGGAACCAAGGGAAUGGCCAUGGCAGAUAAUCCCAGACGUUCCUCAUAUUCUGUGGAUUAUCUACAAGGAUCCAGUAGCCCCCCUUUGCACUAUUCCUUUCCUCAGAGGUUUGAGAAGGCCUUCGAGUUGGCCCUAGCCCAUUUCUACAGCUGCCUAUCAGGAGAUGUACAACCUCUCGUCACCAAAGAAGAAUGUUUACUGGUAAGUAAAAUAACAGUAAAAGCCGUGGAGUCCUACAAAACAGGCAAAGUCGUGAACUUCUAAGAUUCUGUACGAUAAUGUCGGCAUUUAAUGAUGCAUGUUCUACAUUUGGUUGAUUUAUUUAUCAUGUUGUUCAAAAUCUUUAAUUUUUACACUGUGAUCUCAAUGGUUAUAUAAUUAGCAACCACUUGUUUUUAUUAUAAAAUCUUAAUGUGUAUAUCAAUAAACUCUUAUACUUUCAUCUGAUUAUAUAUGAUAAGAAUAGUUAUAUAAUUUUUGAAAGAGAUAUAAUAAGCGUAUAUCUGAGUUAACAAUGUCUUAAUGAAUGAUUACCUUAUAGCCAGCGUCUCGUAUACUAGUAUAUAUAACCUCAAUCAAGUGUAUCGAUUUUUUUGUUUAUUAUAAUUUACGAUGGCUUGGUUUUUACAAGUUAAUCACGGGUUAAUUAUGAAGACACAUGAUUAUAAAAAUUGUUAUUGGAUUAUGAUCAUAUUAUGCUUCAUUUCCUUUGUAGAGUGUUAUAUCAGCUUGCUUUCUAGUAAAUAUUAAAUCUACUUUUUUCCAUAUUAUAUAAUUACCAGUAUACUUAUAUUUUUUUUUAACGUGAAUUUACUUGAACAUAAAAAGUUUUUUUUAUUAUUAUUGGAUGAAGAAUCUUGAAUAACUACCGGUGCUUACAUGCAAUCAUAAUAUCUGUGUUUGUAUUUGUAACUUAAAGCAAUAUGAACUGCAAUUUUCAUGCUGAUUUUUUUUUUACGAAAAAUGUUAUUUUCUACUAAAAUGACAAAAAAACAUGGUUUUUAAAGUUUUGUUAGCCAUAUUUUUAUUGGAAAAGCCGUAAAGAAGCCUUAAAUGAAGCAAAAUUGAAUUAUUGUCGCCCUGUACAAAAAUUGAUCUCGUAUAUAUUCCUUAGAAGAGAAAUAUUUCUUCUGACGAAGAUUAAUGAUUUUUUUUCAAAUCUUAUUUAUCAUAAGAGUAUUUACAUCCAGACUCAUCAUACUAGCAGGUUUUUGCAGCAAAAUAAAAUUCUAAAAAAAUACAGCUCGUAUUGCUUUAAGUAUUAUAAUCGUGAAAGACGCAACAGGACUUGUUAUAUCUAUAUGAGUUCCAUUGAUUUUGUUAAAUUGUAUAUCAGUACACCACCUACCAAGCUCAUUUUAUGUUACAUUGUAUAUAUUAGAAUCAUAUAAUUACCCUUGGCUAAGAAUUUUUAUUUUAAAAAUAUAUGAAUGCAUGCAAAAGCGUUUAUAGAAUUCAGUUAUAUUUACUGUUAGAUAUAAAAAAACGUAGAUUUCAAUUUUAAAGUUUCUGUAAGUUCACAUUACAAUGCAGUGUGAUAAUGUACUGUUUACAUGUUAAGUUCAAACUGAUUAUUGUUCUUUGUAAUUUACAAUCGUAGUCUUACAUUUAUUAAUUUCAU